UUUAAGAGGAAAAAGAAGAAAGAGGGUCUCCCAGGUAUGUUCUUCUAUUAGGCAGUGGGAACUUGACCACAUAUUAGAUGCCUAGGACUCUUCCCAAAAAGCCUGAUGCGCUGCUCAGUACUUUGCUGAUGGCAGAGGGGAUAUCACAUGGAAAAAGCCAAUGAGACCUCCCCUGUGAUGGGGUUCAUUCUCCUGGGGCUCUCUGCCCACCCAGAGCUGGAAAAGACAUUCUUCGUGCUCAUCCUGCUGAUGUAUCUGGUGAUCCUGCUGGGCAAUGGGGUCCUCAUCCUGGUGACCAUCCUUGACUCCCGCCUGCACACGCCCAUGUACUUCUUCCUAGGGAACCUCUCCUUCCUGGACAUCUGCUUCACUACCUCCUCAGUCCCACUGGUCCUGGACAGCUUUUUGACUCCCCAGGAAACCGUCUCCUUCUCAGCCUGUGCUGUGCAGAUGGCACUCUCCUUUGCCAUGGCAGGAACGGAGUGCUUGCUCCUGAGCAUGAUGGCGUUUGGUCGCUAUGUGGCCAUCUGCAACCCCCUUCGGUACUCCGUGAUCACGAGCAAGGCUGCCUACGUGCCCAUGGCUGUCGGCUCCUGGGCUAUUGGUGGUGCUGCUUCCGUGGUACACACAUCCUUGGCAAGUCAGCUGCCCUUCUGUGGGGACAACGUCAUCAACCACUUCACCUGUGAGAUUCUGGCUGUUCUAAAGUUGGCCUGUGCUGACAUUUCCAUCAAUGUGAUCAGCAUGGAGGUGACGAAUGUGAUCUUCCUAGGAGUCCCAGUUCUGUUCAUCUCUUUCUCCUAUGUCUUCAUCAUCACCACCAUCCUGAGGAUCCCCUCAGCUGAGGGGAGGAAAAAGGCCUUCUCCACCUGCUCUGCCCACUUCACUGUGGUGAUUGUCUUCUACGGGACCUUAUUCUUCAUGUAUGGGAAGCCCAAGUCUAAGGACUCCAUGGGAGCAGACAAAGAGGAUCUUUCGGACAAACUCAUCCCCCUUUUCUAUGGGGUGGUGACCCUCAUGCUCAACCCCAUCAUCUAUAGCCUGAGGAACAAGGAUGUGAAGGCCGCUGUGAGGAGCCUGCUGAGACCAAAAGCCUUCACUCAGUGAUGGUGGAGGGGUCCUCUGUGAUUGU